AAUUUCGCAGGGAGUGCUUUGGAAUGAUGAGUGACACGUGAUCACAUGGUAAGAAUAAACUAUAGGCCUAAAGUUAUGAAACAUGUGAUGACAAUUUUACAUAAAUAAAGUAGGCCGAGAUGCUGUGAUGACGUCGCGUCGAGUGGAUAUUGCAUAAUCAUAAUGCUAUGACGUCAUAGUAAUGACUGUGAGUGUCUGCAUCUCGGAAACGACUUUUGAAGAAUCAGAGUGGAACCCACCUUUGUAAAAAAUGGGCAAGAAGCGAUUUUUACUGUUAUAUGGAUCAGAGACUGGCCAGUCCCAAGCCAUAGCUGAAGAGAUUCAUGAGUUGUCUUCCAAACAUGAUUUGCAGUCUGAUAUUCAUUGCCUGAGUCUCACAGAAAAGAAGUUCAGCCUUUCUAAAGAGACAUGUAUGGUUAUGGUUGUCUCUACUACUGGUGAAGGAGAAUGUCCAGAGACAGCUAUGAAGUUCUGGAGACGCCUCAGGAAAACCACUCUUCCUCCAGACCAUCUAGCUAAUCUCAACUAUGCGCUAUUAGCACUGGGGGACUCCAACUAUAGUAACUUUUGCAGAAAUGGGAAGAAUUUUGAUGAAAGACUUCAGCAGCUUGGCGCCAAGCAUUUUUAUCCUACAGGAUAUGCAGAUGACGCAACAGGGUUGGAGGUUGUAGUGGAACCAUGGAUAGAAGGACUUUGGAAAGUGCUACACAAGGUGAUGGAUAACCAAGAGAAUUCAGACUCGAGUGGAAAUGUCCUUGCUGAGAUGAAUGGGGAGGUCAAUACAGACAAUAUGAAAGAAAAUGCUGAAAAUGAUACAAAUGUAACUCAGAAUGGUGUCUUUCAGAUCACUGAGAAAGACCAAGCAAAAGUCCAGGCUAAUGAACAAUCUUCUACAGGCAAUAACACAAGUGCAAUGUCAGGCAAGCAUGUGAAUGACUCUGAUUUACCAGCUGGCCCUGGAAACUCAAACAAUACAUUGCAGAAACCUACCUCACAGUCGAGCAAGACUGAUCAAUUGAUUGAGGAGGGGGAGACAACAGAUCGGACAAGGGAAGGACCCUUGGUGGCUUCACUAACCCACUCGAUUCCUCCCCUCAGUGAAAGUGGACUGACGAUGCCAGUCUUGCCUCCCCCAUUCCUCAAAUUGGAAUAUGCCCAUAAUGAAACAGUAGACCUCGAAUCUUUGCCAAUACAAGGAGGAGCAGCUCUUCCAUCAGCUCAAUCUGGUGUCAUCCAAGCAACCAUUGUCAAGGCAACCCAGUUGACCAGGGAUGAUGCAAUCAAGAGGGCUCUAGACAUAGAACUUGAGGUUUCUGAAAAUUCACUGAACUUCCAGCCAGGAGAUUCCUUCAGUAUAAUCUGUCCAAAUGAUGAUCAGGAGGUUACAGAGCUCUUACAUUAUCUUAGGCUAACAGAGAUGUCAGAUGUGCCUUUCAGGAUAUCAGUACUAGAAGGUACUAAGAAGAAGAAAGCUUCUAUUGCUGACUUCAUUCCUCCGUUCAGCACCCUACAACAUAUAUUCACUACCUGCUGUGACAUAAGGGCGCUACCAAAAAAGGCAUUCCUACGUACUCUGCUAGAACACACCAGUAACCCUAAGGAGAAGAGACGUCUCCAGGAGCUCUGUAGCAAACAGGGUCAAGGGGACUAUGCAACUUUCUUACGUGCUCCAAGUCUCUCAUUGAUGGACAUACUUAUUGCCUUCCCAUCAUGCAAUCCUCCCGUCGAGCGUAUCCUGGAACACAUGACCAGACUUCAGCCAAGGCCUUAUUCAAUAUCAAGCUCACCACUGACAAGUCAAACCAGCUUCCAUUUUGUUUUCAAUGUCAUUGACAUACCUGAGGGAAAUGGGCGGAGCCAAGCCAGACAGGGGGUGUGUACUGGAUGGUUGAGUCACCUAGCAACAAGGAUACAGGGUCGCUCAUCUCAAAAGAUCAUCAUGCAGAACUUGGAAGAGAAAGUUGAUAAGCUUACAUUGAAGGAUGAAGCACCCAGCAAGAUACCCAUCUACUACAGGACGAAUCAACAUUUCCAUCUGCCUUCUGACACCUCCACACCCCUCAUCUUGAUUGGUCCUGGUACAGGUGUGGCUCCGUUUGUAGGUUUCCUUGAGCAUCGGAGUCACAUGAUGAAGAAAGCAGUAGAAGGGAGCAUGACGUUUGGUCCUGUUUGGUUGUUCUUUGGUUGCAGGCAUAAAGACCGGGAUUACAUUUACAGGGAGAAGCUUGAAGGAUUCCAGGAGACUGGUAUCCUAUCCCAUCUCUGUGUAUCAUUCUCCAGAGAUGAUCCUGUUCAUGAUGAGAGUGAGAAACAGACACCACGCUAUGUCCAGGACAACAUGAGAAUGUACAAGGAAGAGUUGACAGAGUUGCUUCUAGAUAAAGGAGCCUAUGUGUAUGUGUGUGGGGAUGCAAAGAAUAUGGCCAAGAACGUGUUGGAGACUUGGAAGGAGAUUCUCAAAGAAAAGACUGGACAAGGAGACUAUGAUAUGCUACAGCUCAUUGCCAAGUUAAGAGAAGAGAAGAGGUACCUUGAGGAUGUAUGGACGUGAACUACAUGUAUAAAAAUAUGUUUUAUUAUUUUUUUGUAGAGAGCAAUUAGGACUUAUUUAUUCAUUAAUUGUAUUCCAUCCUUUAGAACAAUAUUCCCAAGGUACAUGUACAUUACAUUUGUGAUGUAUAUGGUAUGUGCUGUAUUUCAUACUAGUAAUUUAUUAUAGCUAUGCUCUUAUGUUUAUAUCACACAUUAUAAACAGUAACUAUAUUAAGAAAGUCAUGUUUUGUCUUGAAAGUAGUUUUUCAAACUUGACAAACUUUAUGCCUCCUCAGAGAAAAAAAAAGGGGCAGUUUUAAUUUCAAGAUAUUUAUCCAUGAUGCAAUUCCAAAUGCAGCUCUUCUCUCCUUUUUAAUUAAAGGCGCAUGCAUUACUGCUUUCAAAUGACCUCUUUCUUUCAACAUCAAAUCAUGGUUUUAAAUUAAUUGGCCCAUAUUCUGAACUGUGGUUUAAAUGAAACAAUUUAAAAUUCAUGCCUAAAUUAUGAUUAGCCAAAAGCUUAAAACAAUUAUAUUCCACUACACUGUCCUUUUUCUUAUGUUUUAAUAAUGAAGAAAACCAUUGAGGGCCAAGUAUACUGAUGAAUUGAGCAUCAACUGUUUACAACUUAUUCCACAUCUGGCUACCCAUACCUAAAACCCUAGAUUUUGAUCACUGUCUAUGUUUAAAGAGUCUCAAUUACUAACCAUUAGCUAAAAUUUCAUUUAUUUUCAUUGAAUUGGGAUUAAAAUGCCAUCCUCUAUCUAACACAAAAUAAAUUUAUUGCAUUUCAGAACAUGAUUGUAUCAGGAUUACCAUCACACAAAUUGUUUGAAAGUCACAGAGAUUAAAUCAUGUUAAAAUGUUAAAUAGGUGUGCCAUAUAUAUUUCAGUUCUUGCUGUAGCUGAGGCAUAAAUUCUGACUGCACCCAAUAGAGAAUCCAUCUACCGGUAAUUAAUCCUGAACCGGAUUUUCAUAUGCAUGGCCUGAAAUGGCUGACAGGGAGUUGGCAGGAAGAAAAGAGUUAUGCUGUUAGGGAGUGGAUGGUAUUAGGUGAAUAAUUAUGGUGAUACUAAUAUCAAAUAUAAUUUCCUUCCUUCCUAUGCAGUUAUCCUAUGAGUAGGUAAAAUCAGCUAAUUAUUAUGGUAAAGUUUUUUUUGGGGGUUGUAGUAAAUGCAUAAUAAAAACAUUGUAACACUUGUUGUGAUAGAAAGGAAUUGAUUUAUUUAUUUCAUGUAAUUAUCUGUUUGUUAUUCGCAGAACUUACAAAGGUGCUAUUAUUUUCUUUCUCUUAAAAAAAAAUACUUUGUGAAGGCUGUUUGGUCGUGAUUUGAUAUCAUGCCAGAGUAAUUGAGAUUAAAAUGUUGUUUCCAUUUUACAAAUUC